UGUGUUCCCAUGUCUUCCCCACUUCGAAAUGAAGCUAUUCAUCAAACCAAUGUUCUAGAUUCCUCAGAUAGCUCAGAUAAAAACACCCUAAAUAGCUUCAUUCAAGCUGACUAAUAUAAUUCCAUCCCUCUGUUCUUAUGUAUGAAAUUUUAAUAGCCACUUAUAUGCUCUCAACAAAUGUGGCUUGUUCGAGAUGAACCAGAAGUCCCCGGAAUCUUCACUCUCAAUCAUAUCAACCAAGACCUGCGAAUAUAUUUACGUUCACGUUCGUCGUGACGCAAAGCUGAUGUCGUCAAUGACGUCAGAUAUAUCGCCGUCGUUAACUUAAAUACCCAAGCCAAAGCUACACAGAUGUGAGUUCUUCAUUUUCAGACAGGAAACAAGACUACGCUACAUUGCAAUUAUCACAUCACCAAGUCAAUCCAACUAAAUACUCAAUUAAAAUAACAGCACAUAUCCGAUAUUCACACAUCCCUAAAUCAACAUGCCUCGAGUUGAAGAUGUCUACCCCGAGAUCAACCACAACAUCAUCCACGGUGCCGGCAACGAGCCUGACGCUCCCGUGCAACGGGCGUUCAAGGGCGCAGAGGUACCCGAACAUGAACACGGCGCAGGACUGAUAGGAUUAAAUGCUAGCGGUGGUUCAUGUCAGGGUCUAACACGCGGUCCGCUGAGUGGACAGGGAGGACGCGGAAGAAAAAAUUAAUGUCUUAACUUCGUCAAAGUGUGUAAUUAUUAUUCUUCGCAGGUAGUAGGUAGUAGGUAGAAGAACAUGUCUGAAUAAAGGAAAAAAACAAUUCCCUAGGUAC